AUGCCCGUAGUCCAACGCACCGGCCGGACGAUUGCAACUCGAGAAAAGCAACAAGCACAUACGCAGCCAACUACGACUAUCUCGAUGCCUUCCACGCACCAAAGACCGUCCUCCUCCCUCCUCCUUGUCUAUCCCGUUGUUCUCGCUGUGGGGUCCCUCUUCGCUUCCCUCUCUCCAGUUGCCAGUCCUCCACCAGCCGAAUCACUCGCUCCAGGAAUCACAUCCGACCUCAAUGUCCCGCACUUCCAUUCGACAAAUUACUUUGCUGGCAAGCGCAACAUAAUCAACGUAUACUUUGUCAAAAUUGGCUGGUUUUGGACAAGUUUAGCCUUCUUGCUGCUUCAAAGCACCAUUCGGCCACCACCAGCCAGCGUGCUCAAACACUACGUCCAAUCGAUUCUACGCUAUAGCCUUGUUACCAUCUCUUGGUUCUUAACCACACAGUGGUGUUUUGGUCCCGCGCUUGUCGAUCGAAGCUUCACGAUUACCGGCGGCCACUGCGAGCCUCAAUUGAUCAACACCACCGGACUGAAAGACGCCAUUGACAUGACCAUGAUUGCGUCGGGCCCUGCGUGUAAGGCUGCGGGCGGAGAAUGGCGCGGCGGACACGACAUCUCGGGUCAUGUAUUCAUGCUCGCUCUCUCCUCAGCCUUUCUCCUGUACGAACUCUACAUCGCCGAUCGGGACUCUGCCCACCCGUCUGUUUCACCUCGAGCCGCUGCAGCAGUGGCCCAUGACAUGACCGACGAAGAACGCAAGGCAGUGGGAGGCUGGGAAUCAGAAUCUGUGGCGAUGGUGCGGAUAUGGUCGAGGUAUUUUCUGUAUGGGGUAGUUGUGCUGGACUUUUGGAUGCUCAUGAUGACCGCCAUUUGGUUUCAUACAUGGACGGAGAAACUGAGUGGGCUCCUCAUCGCUGCCACAACGAUAUGGAUUACGUACUUUUUAAGUGAUUUCGUACCUCAGUGGAGGGAGCUUGUGGGAGGAUUAUGA